UUUUACAGAGUAAAAUUAAAGAGGCGAAGUUUGUAUUGUUGAAAAUAAAAUUUAAUGUUGAUCAAAACGCACCUGAUUUAAUAAUUUAUUUUAAGGAACAAUUAUAAUCCCUCAGUAAGUCGUACACAAUCUAUUCCGUCGUGCAAUAGAACAAAAUUUAAUACAAAUCCGCGAAUUUUAAUUGCUGUUCCAAGAUGGAUCUUCUCACGGUAAAAAUAUUAUCAAUGCUUCUAUUGGGUUUACUUUCGAUAUUUUUCGGUCUCAUACCAUUAAAAAUCUGGAAGAAAAUGUUACUAACUGACCACGCCAAGUCUGCCGAGACUCAAAAGAAGCAGAGGCGGAGACGGGACCUGGCGGUAAGUUGUCUCUUGUGCUUCGGCGCCGGGGUUUUGCUGGCCACGGUUUUCCUCCACAUGCUGCCAGAGACCCGGGAAAGUGUUGAGUUAAUUAAUGCCAUGAAGAAAAAGGUUAAACAUGGCCAUGAGGGCCUAGAAGUUCACAGAGGCCAUGAACAUGAGGCCCAUGAUGGAGAUCAUAUCCAUGAUCACAACUUUUUGCAUGCACAUGAGGUGAAUGCUCACGAAGAACAUGUCCGCGAAAAUGGCUUUAUACAUGGGCAUGUGAAGAAUGCAAAUAAUUCUGAGGUCUCUCACGAACAUGAAGCACGCGAGUACGGAGACCAUGAUCAUAGACAUGAUCAAGAACAUAAUUACACUUAUAACGUCACGGAACAAACCUCAAGACUGAAAAUUCUGGACGACAGUCAUGUGAACGAGAAGGUCGGCAUGUCACCUCAAACGUUAGAUACACAUAGUGAAAAUACUAACGAUUUCAACCACUAUCAUGUCAGACGGGAUAAUGACCAUGAGGAUAGUGAAAUUCCAUCCAUUCCUGUCUCAAGUAAGCUCAAUGUCCUGAUAAAGGGAACGACUUCAUUGAGUAAACUGAAUGAAGAAACUGCUCACACUCAUGACCAUGUGGAUCACAUUCACGAUUACACUGACACUUAUGGUCCCGACGCCCGAACUUAUGCCAAUCUCGGAGAUGACCAAAAUGCUCCCUUCACAAAUGACUCCCCUCACUCCCUCGGCCACGUGGAUCAUCAUGAACAAGAUAUGGUGCCUAAUGUCAACCAUCAAAACUCCAAAUCCUUGAAUGAAUUAACCACGCAAUCAUGGAAUACCCUGCACAAUUUUCAUGACCACGAAGAACACGAGCAUGAACAUGAUGCUCAUUCUUACCCUGUGGCAGAGCUGCUCAUUUGCAUCGGCUUCUUCACUGUGUACAUCAUCGAGGAAGUAAUUCAUAAGAUCGUGUUUCGCAAUCACUCACACGCAGCCUCGAAGAGAGACUCAGGCAGUGACGAGGGCAUGGUGCUGAAAAAGCGUUGCUCCAGAACCGAUAAAUUUCCUUCUUUCUCGAACGGGACGCACAAAAACCGAUCUGCUGACAAUGCCGUUGAAAACGGUCAGCUGACAUCAGCUGAUCUGAGCAACGGAGGAGACCUUCACCUAAAGGACUCCUGCAACAUCCCUCUUAAGGAUUACACAUCAGGAUUAAAUAAUCCUUCCUUGGUCACAGAAAACGACGCGGAUGUAACGAUGCAGGGUAUGGCGGUGGGCCUACAGCAGAAUGUGGCCGACGUAUGGUAUCUGUUCUACGCCAUCGCAGCUCACAAAUACGUUAUCGCUUUUUGUGUUGGACUCGAACUUGUUUCUGGGGGAACGAAGCUCGUCCUGACAGUAGUCUACAUGAUCACCUUUGCAAUGGUCACACCUUUGGGAAUUGCUCUUGGCAUCGUCGUUACAGAGGGAAUAGGUUCUUCCAACAGCUUGUUCCAUCUCUGGACCUUGACCGUCUUGCAAGGGAUGGCAGCUGGUACCAUCCUAUAUGUAGUUUUUUGCGAGGUUCUGGAACGAGAGAGAAACAGCCUGAGCGGCCGCUUUGGGAAACUAAUAGCGUUGAUCGUUGGUUUCGCGACCAUGGCUCUCAUCCAACUUGUGGGCAAUCACAAACACGCCCAUUAAGUGCACGAACAAUAUUAUGGUUUCAAAACUAUGGUGGUUAUAAUCUUUUUGCUACUAGGUCAGUAAUUGUAUUUGAACAUUUGAUUCAUACCUUAAAAACGAGAAUUAGUGAAUGGUAUCUGAUCAAACGGAAGUGGAGGGCAAAGUCCAUUCAAGUGAGCACUUCAAUUCUACUCGUUUGAGAACAAAUUAUUCAAUACAAGGUGCUUUGUUGAAUUUUUCAUCGGAUUUGUUGAUUCAUCUAGGAAGAAAGAAAGAGUGUAACUUCACUUACGAUUAAAAUAAAAAAAAGAGGCAUCGUUUGCUCAUAAGUGAAAUAUUCCAAUCCUUUUUUUUUAGCUUUCUUUCCAAGUCUGUUUUAAUUUUAUUUAGUCUUUAAUUAUCAUUAAAAUGCGUAGUCAUAAUACUUCCAUAGUGGCUAGCCUGAAAGUGAAUCAUUAUCUUAUAAGAAUCGCUAAAUAAUAUUGCUUCUUAUCCUUAUACGAUAAAAAAAUAAUUAUGAAACGUUUUCAGUUUCAGCAACAAAGAAACAUUCUCAGUUUAGGAAAUCAAGGAACUAAGUAACUAAGAAAAUUUAUUGCUGACUUAAACACAAACAAUUGUACAAUAAAGCAUUUAUGUAAAUAAGCAAUCAAAUCAAUAAAUUCUUGUGAUUGUAUUGAAAAUCAUUUGUUAAGGAACGAUGGUCGACAUUCGAAGGAUUCUUUUGUUUCCAAGAACGAUCCAAGAGCGAAGUGCUUCAACCAACAAGACUUUCAGUCUCAACAAAAUUUUUUAGUAAUUAAUUGUGUUAAGACACGAGAGCGUCUUGUGAACACUAUAGCUUUGGCAGUAUUAUUCAUCUGAAACUCUAUAUCU